AUGUCCCAGCGUUAUCUUAGUACUCGUGGUAGCGAGUCUGGACGUUCCUUUGAGGAUGUUGUGAUGAAGGGUCUUGCCUCAGAUGGCGGUCUGUUCAUUCCUGAGGAGAUCCCUUCUCUGCCCGCUUCGUGGGAGUCCGAAUGGCGGGACUUGUCCUUCGCCGAGCUGGCCCACCGUAUCAUGUCCCUGUAUAUCUCCCCCUCCGAAAUCCCCUCCGAGGACCUCAAGACCAUCAUCGACAAGUCCUACUCCACAUUCCGCCACCCCGAGCGCACCCCGGUCGCCGCAUUGGACCCCAAGGACAACCUGUACCUGUUGGAGCUCUUCCACGGCCCAACUUUCGCUUUCAAGGAUGUCGCCCUUCAAAGUCUGGGUAACUUCUUCGAAUACUUCCUUGUGCGCAAGAACGCGGGCAAGACUGGCAAGGACCGCCACCACUUGACCAUCGUUGGCGCAACUUCGGGCGAUACUGGUUCUGCUGCUAUCUACGGUCUGCGUGGCAAGAAGGAUGUCUCCGUGUUCAUCCUCUUCCCCAAGGGUAAGGUCAGCCCUAUCCAGGAGGCUCAGAUGACCAGUGUGCUUGAUGCCAAUGUGCACAACCUCACUGUUGAGGGAUCCUUCGAUGACUGCCAGGAUAUUGUCAAGGCCUUGUUCGCCGACCCUGAUAUCAAUAAGACUCACAACAUUGGCGCUAUUAACUCGAUCAACUGGGCCAGAAUUCUCGCACAGAUCACCUACUACUUCUACUCAUAUCUCUCCCUCACUAAGUCUUCCAACUACGUUAAGGGCUCUGGAGUCCGCAUGGUCGUGCCCUCCGGAAACUUCGGCGACAUCUUGGCUGGAUGGUUCGCUAAGCAGAUGGGCCUGCCAGUCUCUAAGCUUGUUGUCGCGACUAACGAGAACGACAUUCUCGACCGUUUCUUCCGUACCGAAGGUCACUACACUAAGAAGCCUCUCGGCGCAGUCACGGAUGAGGGCGUCAAGGAGACCCACAGUCCCGCCAUGGACAUCCUGGUCAGCAGCAACUUCGAGCGUCUCCUCUGGUUCUUCGCAUUCCAGACCGACAAGGCCAGCACCGCCGAGGAGCGCCGCCAGCACGCCUGCGAGAGCGUCAGCAGCUGGUUGAACAAGCUCAAGACCGAGGGCGGCUUCCAGGUCCCCGCUGCCGUCAUUGAGGCCGCCAAGGCCGAGUUCGAGAGUGAGCGUGUCAGCAACGAGGAGACCAUCACCACUAUCCGCGAUACCUACAAGACCUGCUUCCCCACCGACCUCCCCGCAGGUAGCCCCAAGAGCUCCAAGACCGGCGGCUACAUUCUCGACCCGCACACCGCCGUUGGUGUCGCUGCUUCCCGCCGCUCUAUCCAGCGUAACCCCGGUGUUAACCACAUCUCGCUGUCCACAGCCCACCCUGCCAAGUUCGCUAGCGCCGUUGACCUGGCGCUGAGCAACGAGGAUGGUUACAGCUUCAGCGAGGUUCUCCCCGAGGAGUUCGUUGGUCUUGAGCAGCGCGAGCGCCGCGUUACGGCCGUUCCUCACGGUGCUGGCUGGGAGGGUGUCCGUGAGAUUGUCAAGGCCGAGGUUGAGCAGGAGCUUGAGGGUCUGCGUUAG